GACCCCAUAGGCCAUAUAUACAGGUGAUCGAUGAGUCUAGGUAGGCUAGAUCCGUCGAUCCCGAGAGUAGAAACUAGCGAUCAUCGAUCAAGAAGCAAAACGUAGAGAUCUGACUGCCGGCCGGCGAGAGAUCGAUGGCUCACGGCGGCUUCCUUUCGGUGGACCUGGGACACCCGUUCCUGAACCGCACAGCGGACGGCUUCCUCAAGGUCGGCACCGUCGGUGCCUGUAAGGUCGCCGCCGAGGAGACCUUCCACUGCCUGCACAAAGGGGACGUCUCAAAGCACAAAGCUGAGCACGCGCUGAAGACGAUGUGCAAGGAAGGCGCAUAUUGGGGUAGUGUUGCCGGGGUGUACGUGGGCGUGGAGUACGGCGUCGACAGGAUCCGUGGCCACAGGGACUGGAAGAACGCCAUGGUGUGAGGAGCGGUGACGGGAGCGCUCGUGUCAGCGGCAAACAGCGACGACCGGAAGCACAUCGUCAGUAACGCAAUCACAGGGGCGGCCAUCGCCACUGCCGCCCACUACCUACAUAUGUUUGAUCUGUCAGGUUCGACAGUUAUUUUCAGUUAACAGAGAAAAGUCAAAACUUAACGUUAAAGGGAUGGGCCCACUGGACCAAUGUCCAGGACUUGAUCCGUACGUGACUUAUUCUCGUAUGUAACAAACGCACCCUGAUCGGGGGUGCCAAAACCAACUCGAUGGUUUUGGUCCCCUGUUGCGUUGUGCCAUAUAAAGGGGGGGAGUCUGGCAGAGAUCGGUACGAGGUUAACGAUCAAAAAACAUCUGCUUCCCCCACAUCCCAAAACUCUACCGAUCUAGAGUGGCCAGAAGCAACGGGAAGGCUGGAACCUCGUCGUGCUGUACCAGGGCAGUGCAUGUGGCGCCCGGAGGGGAUCAGGAGGAUCUCCAGAUCGUCUGCGACCACCGGAUCGUCAUCAACACCGUUGCACCAAGCCUGCCUCACGCAGACAUCGAUGGCAACUGCAAUGCCCAGUAAUGCAUCUAUAAACCUCUCUGAUUAUGAUCAUUAGGUGUUCUAGUGGCUACUUUUCGCGAUCUUGUGCUAAGCCUGUCGUUUCUAAUCUAACAAUGGUAUCAGAUGCCUAGUACUGCUAGCACUAGAACCCUAGUGGUGAUCUGAGAUCACAAUUUUGUGUAAAGAUCAUUUUUUGAGGCUGUUUAUGUUGAUGUUUUAGCCCCUGAUAUGCAUGCUAAGCCCUCAGAUUGUUUCGUUUUUGGUUAACCCAACUCCCAUCUGCAAGCCCAUCUUAAGCCUCAGAUUAGCACGGAUCCCUUUAUGUUGCAUGAUUAGAUACUGUAUAAACCCUAACCCUAAUUCCCCAAUUACGGAUGAACCCUAAAAAUGAAAUUCGGCAAGAGUUUGAGGAUGACAACCUCACCUGACGC